GGAAAUAGCUCCUGGAAUGACUUAUGCUUGGGUUUCUGUGCCUCUCGUCAUACCGAAAACUAUUUCGCCCUCUGACUUUGGACCCAUGUGCUCCUUGUUCCGCGCCGAACAUUGUGUUGAGUUCACCGUAUAUAUCGCUGGCAUUGAAGAAAAACUCGUAUUCGACGUGACGCUGGGAACCUUCACCGUAUAUAUCGCUGGCAUUGAAGAAAAACUCGUAUUCGACGUGACGCUGGGAACCGUGUGUGGAAGAGAACCUGAUACCAAUCGUUUUGUCACGUCCUACUUGAAACAGGUUUCUCCUCAACGCGCAAGAAAUGGAUGCCUCGAGAACGGAAUAGAUGUUCCAACGGCAGAGAUAAACGCGUUGGAGAUAUAAAACUCCGGCAAUUCCGAACUGGCUGUACAAUUUCAACGGACGAUCUUAAAAGCAAUAAUACGCGAGCGAAGACGGUUGUGAAUUUUUAUGGGUAUUUUUCACGUGGCCUUUGGGGAGCUGUGAAUAUUUUAAGCGAUUGUGUUCUUUAUUUCUCGGAUUUGGACGGCGUAGUGGGAAAAAAAGGUUUUCCCUGCUUUUUUUCGAUCUCUUGAGCUGUGAAUGAAGUCUUUUGCUAUUUUCGAAUGAUAAUUAAAGUACGGUUUUAAGAUGUA